UAGGCAGAAGCAAUUUUUGCUGAACUUAUAUUAAAAUCCAUGUUAAUGGAUAUUUAGUGGUUAGGUGUGCUGAUUUUUUAUUUUGAUUUUGAUCUGCGUGGGGCUGUAUGAUCACAUGACAUCGCCUCCUUCACAGCGGACGGAGAUUCCUCUCCUUUCGGUUCCAGAUGGCAAGCCCCUUGAUCAGGAGCCAAGCUUAUCGCUGGUUCCAGUCCAUGUUGUCACUGAUGCUUCUGAACUUCCAGUUGAAUUUCUCAAUCCCUCUUCCGAGAAUCCACUGAUUAUUGGUUUUGACUGCGAGGGUGUUGAUCUAUGUCGCUAUGGAACUCUUUGUAUUAUGCAGCUUGCAUUUCCAGACGCUAUAUAUUUGGUUGAUGCUAUUGAGGGUGGAGAGAAGCUUCUGAAAGCCUGCAAGCCUGCACUUGAAUCUACUCACAUCACCAAAGUUAUUCAUGAUUGCAAACGGGAUAGUGAGGCAUUGUACUUCCAAUUUGGCAUCAAGUUGCAUAACGUUGUUGAUACCCAGAUUGCUUAUUCUCUCAUAGAGGAGCAAGAAGGACGGAAUAGAUUGCCUGAUGACAACAUAUCAUUUGUUGGCCUCCUUGCAGAUCUACGCUAUUGUGGAAUAUCUUAUGAAGAAAAGGAAGAGGUUCGCAUUCUUCUUAGACAGGACCCAAAGUUUUGGAUGUACAGACCAUUAUCAGAGUUGAUGAUUCGUGCAGCGGCAGAUGAUGUUCGCUUUCUUCUCUACAUCUAUCAGAAGAUGAUGGAGAAACUGAAUCAGCGAUCCUUGUGGUAUCUUGCACUUCGUGGUGCUCUUUAUUGUCGUUGUUUCUGUAUCAAUGACGUUGGUUAUGCUGAUUGGCCAUCUCUCCCUCCUGUUCCAGAUUUUGAAGCGGCAGAAGGCAAUCCUCCCGAGGAAGAAAUCCUUUCAGAUAUUGAUGUUCCCCCUGGAAAGAUGGGACGUAUUAUUGGAAGAAGGGGAUCUUCCAUUUUGUCAAUAAAGGAAUCUUGCAAUGCGGAAAUUAUAAUGGGAGGAGCCAAGGGUCCAUCUGACAAGGUGUUUAUCAUAGGAUCAGUGAAAGAGGUCAGAAAAGCAGAAGCCAUGCUAAGGGGGAGGAUGCUGGAUAUAUGACGAGGAACCUGUUUUUAUGCUUCAGGGAUGCAAUUUUGGUCAUGACCGUUAUGACUAGCUUCCAGAUCUUAGUAUUUACUGCCUAAAAUUCUCUGGACUCCCCCCUUUAUGUUUGUACAGCAAUGGCAAAUCAACCAUUGUGUUGCUGUCUAAAUCAUUGUCUGAACCUGUAGAAGGUUUUGGUUUCAGAUAUUAAUGCUUGUUGAGCCACGGGGAUAGUUUUUGCGCAAAAA